UUCGAGCCGGCGGGAGUCGUCUGUUCUGUUUCUGCUCUCGUAGCUCCUUUUACGCGUUGUGUGUGUUUGUGUUUGUGUUGUGGAUCCGCACACGUGUCCUGUGUGAAGCUGGAGGCGGCAGAAUGCGGGUUUAGCUGCUUCAGUGCGCCGCAUGGAGGCUGUUCUGCACAACCUGGAGAGCACUGUGGAGCUGCUUGCGGUUUCACAGACCGACUUUGUGUGUGAGUGGGACGGUGAGACAGUGGACAGGGCAUUUCAGUGGGCACAGUACUGUGAACAUCUUCACACUCGCUUCCACACAAACCCGUCAGUCCGUGCCGCUUUAGAGAGCCGCGUGCGCGAGACGAACCAGCUGCUGGCGCGCGCGUUCUCCGGUUAUCGCUGUGUGAGCCUGGCUGAUCUGGCGCAGUGCCGCCACAGGCUGCUUGUUGGUCUGUUGAAAAACCCCGCGACUCCACACCCUGUUAUUAAAUCCCUUUUGGAGAAGUUUGGGCUGGCUGGAGAUGCUGAAGAUGCUGAAGGUGAUCAGCAUGUUGACCUCAGUGCUCUGAGCGCGUGCAGGUCAGCGUGUAAACUCCUGGGCGACUUUACACUGAACCGGAAGAGAGAUUUUGGCCUCUCUGUUGGCACACAGGUUCACUGCAUGAUGCUCCUAGAGCGCAUUCAGGCCAUACAGAGCCGCCCGGGCAACCAGGAGUAUGCUACAAAACUGCUGGAUUGUUUCCUGGAGGACAGUGGAGAAGGACAGGACAGCUUUCUGGCAUGUAUAGCAGCUGCCCUCCUGUCAGCACACACCAUGAGCGAAGACACUGCAUCUCAAGCCUUUCUGCAGGACUGGUUAGAAGGACAUGAUGGCUUGCUGCACAGCAUGUGUCAGUCUUUACCUCCUGAACUAUGCACCAAACUUUCUCAACAAUGGCAUAAGUUUAGGCUUGCUUAUUGGGACAGUUUAAAAAAGUCAGCCUCCUCCUUAGUGUAUGAUGUGAGCAAUGGAUUAUGGAUGCAGCCUUGUGACACUGCAGUGUCGUUUGCGACACUCACGGAAAGGUUUAAGUCCUUAUGGAGCUCACCAUUAAAAGAUGAGACUGUAGAGCAGUUGGUCGCUCUUAAACAGGCUGAUGGGGACUUCAAGGUCGAGGGACUGAGUGUGUGGACAGACCUGCUUGUACAGCUCAAGUGAAAGCUGUGUGUUCCUCUUUUGAGUUGCUACAAAUGAAAAUGAAGCCAGUGGUGUGGUUUGAUAGCAGACAGGGGGAGACAGUGCUCUUUAACAGAUCUCCACAUCCUCUCCCACUACAGAGCUGCAAUGUUACCAAAUUAGCUGUCAGAACUGCACAUACUGUAAUCUCAUUUGUGUAUUAAAAUGUAAUAAAAGAUCUGUUUUAUUGACAUAAUUGUUUAUUACCAGCAGCUAUGCUGAGUGUAAUGUAAAUAAUUAUUCAGGUUGAUUGUAUUGUAUUAUAACCUCAAAACUGAAGCAUCUAAUCAAAUUUAAAACACAUCUCAUUUCUCUUGAAUCAGAGUACCCGACUCCUUCCACAUUUCUUAAUUAAGAUUAAGUGCUGUGACAGAUGGCGGCAUCACUUGUUGCCUUGGUAACGGUUGGCAGUACGCAUCUGAGUCCAUCUUAAAUGGAAAGUAAAGUCUGAAUGGUGGAUGUGCACAGUUCCCAAAUUGGUCCCUUGAGGAUACACUGAUCCGAGGUCUAGUUAGAUUUCCUCAGCAUCACACAUUAGGAAAGGAGAGAGAGCGAGCGUUUGCAUUUGGCAAAUUAAUAAUUUAUGUGGUCACUUAAUCCUGUCCAGACACCACAAUCAAAUCAGCUUGCUGUUAACAUGAGCAAAGUAGUUCGUGGAAAAGCCAGCGUUUAUGAGAUUUCAAUAUUAAGUAAUUAAGUCAAAUGAGUCCUUCACUUGAAUUAGCUUCACUUGAAUUAGCUCCUGGAUCAUGUACAAGAGACCAGGUCAGUGACUGUGUUUUAGAUAAUUACGCUUUAUUAGAGAGGAACUCAGACAGGUGAGUGGCACUAAUGCUGAUAGAACUACUCUCAUGAUGUGGAACCCUGAAUUAGCUGCAAUAUUUCAGAAAGACCAAGGGAAAUGAUAAUAUAGAUGAAUGUUCAGUGGUUAAAAUAAUCUUGCUGUUUGUUCUAUAACAGAUAGAAGGCCUGAUUUUUAGUUGCUGUUGUAUCUCUGACAGAGAGAUGAGAUGAGAUGGAAUUUUUCCUUCCCUUUUCUUGCCUUUCUCGCCCUGGAAACCAUGGAAACGUGUAUUCUCAGCACCAGUGUGUAGAGAGACAGCAGCAGAAGGCCAGUGCAAACAUUGAUUUAGCAUGCAUAAACUAGGAAAAUGCUGAUGAGAUGCUGUCCUUGCAGCAGGAAUACAUUAGGGACUUUUUUGGCGAUCAUAAUUUUUGCAUUUAUUUUGUAUUCAUUGAUCUAACACCCUUUUUGGAAGCCUUCAUAUCCAUGGGCCUAGACAUUUUCAUUCUCAUUUUCAUGUGUUUGAGGUUUCCCCUCAUUGAAGGGGGUCUCCCAGGACUAUGACAGCUGGUUGGUUGGUCUUAGCGCAUGUAGGUCUGUUCAGAAUUUUAGAAUCGUAUUAACCUUGUAGGGUAUAGUAGGUUAUAAAGAGAGUGUGUCUUCUUCAUCUACCACAGUGCUUCUAAUAUUAUUUGAGCAGUGGCACAUAAUAUAGAAAAAAUGAUUUAGGGAUUAAGACAGCACGUGAUUAAAUAGCCUAUUAAUGCAUAUUAUCUAGUAGCAUGUAAACUGAUGAAAACAGUCAUUUUCAGUAAUGAAAUCCCCUCCCACUAAACGCCUAAUUAUAAUUCAAGGCUCUUCACUGAAUGACAAUGCUCAAUAAGAAGGAGGAGUGGAAACACCAGCAAGGCCAAGGCUCGUUAAACCUGUGAUGAAAAACCAGUGGCAGUGCCUAAUGGGGGGUCAGUGGUUUUACUACAGCAGGGAGAGCGGGAUCUAUCAAUCUAUCCACGAGAGAAUAGAGCAACUAAACCACAAACAAACACACUGCCAUGUGCAGCUGUCAUCUCCUCCUCAUUUAACUAAGAGGAGCAUUUUCAUUAGUAUUUCCAUUGGAUAAGAAGUAGCUUAGAGUUAAGUUUGUGUCCUGGUAUGAUGGUAUACAGUAUGUUUCAGUGUGAUAAGGAAAAUGUUGUGCAAUAACAGUAUACAUAAUGACUCCACAAAAAGCCCAUUAAUCCAAGAUUUUAAAAAUGAUUGCCUACUUUUUUGAGUUCCAACAUUCCUGGCAAAAACUAUUUCUCUACCUUUUUUUCAUCUCAUUGUCUUUGAAAACAUGAAAUUCUAAACAUAUUUCAUGACGAACUAAAAACCGUGAACUGUACAUAAAUCUAUCACUACUAUAGGCUAUAAUGGAGAUGUUUAACAUAGAAAUUAUGGAGAUAAAUUACUGUCUAGCCUAUGGGAAUAGAUAGCUAGAUGUGGGACAUAUAGCAGAAUGUAUGUCUUUGAUAUUGCAUUGUAGCAGUUCCUACUGGACGUUGUGAAACUCAAUAAAGGGCCAAGGUAGUAGAUUGAUUUGACUUGCAGAUCGUGAGAACAGUGAGAUCUGUGACUCAUGUCUGUUUGGCUUCACUGUAAUUAGCAGCCGCACUGCAUGUCUAGUACCGGCUUAUCACUCUUCAACACUCUUCUAUAUAUUUACCCAGCUUCACACAUCACUGGAUGGAGUGUCAGACAGAAAGAGGACAGGAACUAAAAAAAAGUCAGGAAAUGGGUGGAAAGGGAAGGGCAAGUUAAUUUAUCACAUCUCAGUGAGAUAUCUCUCAAUGUCACUGUGAUCAAGUUAUUCUGAGAAUCUUCUCAGGUAGAAAUAUUGGGAACUCGCAUGUAUUGUGAGGAUUAUACCAUAUAAUACUGAAGUGACAACAUGUUAACCCACUGCUUAUGUGAUUAAAAUAGAACUACAGUUAGACAGCAAGUGUUUGCAUUCCCUUCUGAACUUAUUCACAUUUUCCCCUUGGGGUUUAUCAGGUGCUAUUUGCACUCUUUUUUUUUUUUUUUGCAAUGUUUUAUUGCAUUGUUUCUUCUCACAGCACUGGGUAGCUUGUAGAGAUGAAGACACAUUAAGCAGCUCUGCUGUUGAAUACCUGUACUCAUAGAUGUCAUCCUAGAGCAAGCCAAUUCCUCCAUCACAGCACCAGUAAAUGAGAAUGACCUGAGUGUUCAAGACUGUAAAGAAGUAGGUGAUAUAUUGUCAUUGUACUAUGAGUUCAUGUACCCAGAGCAUUUCAAUCCAAAAAACCUAUUCCUGCAGAGCAAAAACAUGUUGCCUAAGGUUCUCCCGUACAGCAGGGUUGGGGAAAUGAUGUAAAUGUUGCAAAUUCUCCCAUACAGAAGAGUUGGAGAAAUGAUUAAAUUAAUAAAUUUAAUCCUAAAUAUUUCUCAACUAAACUAGCACAAACUGUGUAUCUUUUAAAAAAUCAUGCGUGAAAAUACUAACUUGUUUAUGUUUCAUCAAUAGAACCAACUUUUUGGAACCAUGGAGUAUCAUAUGUUUUAAUUUAUUUUACAAAUUAACAACACUAAAGUAAAAAUAAUAAAACUACAGAAUUUAAUUUCUCCUAGUGUAAUUCGUACCUAAAUUAAUAAUGGUUUACAUUUGUGCAAUCUGUAUAGUUAGGAGCGAGUGAAUGCUCACACUGUCAGAAUAAGUAAAUGUGGCAGGACAGUCUUACUAAAAUAUCAAGAAUAAAUUGUAUGUAUCAAAUAUACCAGUUACUGUAUAUGCUAAUUAUUACAUAUUUGCAUUACAUCCCCUUAUGAAGCUCAGAUUCCAGGUUUCUUUAUUCUCAGUUGCAUGAUAGAAGUAAAUGUCUAGUCAAGGGGCCAAUUAUAAUACUCACCAAAAAUAUUCAUUUAAAAUCUAGAAAAUCUAUAAUUUAAUUUUUACCUUAUCAACAGCAUACAAUACAACAACUAUUUUAUGGCAUUACAAAAAGGGUUAAUUUGGGGAAACAGUGCCUGCAGGUUCAUCCUUGAAAAGAGAUCAUAGAUCCCAAGGACACAACCCGAUCUAAGGAAGAUGUGAUUUUAAGAAGUGAGGAGGUUUUGCUGAGGGUAACAGUAUAUGUGUCAUAUAUUUCACAAGAUGAAGGUUAUGGUUAAUGUCAAUCAAAUAGAAUUUUCUUUUUUGUGCCUGCUCACUUUACAGCUCUCUUUAUCUCUUUAUCUAUCUUAUCCCCAACUCAUCUGAUUCAGUUGUACUGCACACAGGCUCCUCCUAUUUCUUUGUCUCUCGCCUUCAUGCUCUGCAAGCACUCACACCCAGUCGUGUAUGCUUGUGUGUGCGUGCUUGUGUGUGUGUGUGUUAGAGAGAGAGAGAGAGAGAGAGAGAGAGAUGAUUUGUACAGAUGUACUAAUAAUAAAUGUUUCUCACUGAGUUUCUUUUAUGUUUAUGUGACUGCCUGUCAGAAAAACUCAAUAUCAAGUUCAUAUGUUUUA